AGUUCAUUUAACUAGCUAAUGAGCCGCUCGUUGUGUCUGACAAGAGAAAGGAAAGCUAAUGAGGAGAGUCACCGCAACCCGCCGACCUCCAGUGUAACAAAUAACCAAAGUUCACCAUGAGCGAUUCAGAACAAGGACAAGAGACUGAAGAUGUCUCCCAGCGUCAGUGGCCUGAGAACGGAGAGCAGUGGAGUGAUGGGGAGGAUGAGGCUGACAUGGACUGUGGCCUGCAGGCCAUGGCCGAGGAGGAUGAGGAGAUUGACUUACACAAUGAUGAGACAUUUGGAAUGGAUCUAGAUGCAAAUGAAACCACAGGGGAGCCCAGGAACGGUCUCCUCCAGUUUAAAGAGCCACCAUCUCCGCCGCCUCUUUGUCCACCGUCACCGAUACCAACAUCAGUGUCUAAACCUGCUGCCCCACCAUCUUCUCACUGCACCUCUCCGCCUCAUAGGCAGAGGCCCCACUUUCUGCCCCAGGUCCCCCCGGGGCAGCGCGGCAGGGGUAGAGGAAAGAGGGGAGGGCUGAGAGGAGACCAGAUGUUUGAAGAUCCAGCUGUUAUGAGGAUAGUGGAGGGGAGACCGAGCCUCAAGAGCCUCGACAGUGCCAUAGUGGAGUGUGGAAAUGCCAUGACCCGGGACAUCUUUCAUUAUGAUGAUUGGAUGGCACGAUCUUACAGAAAGACCAGAGGAAUCCCUAGAUCGAUACUACAGGACAAUGCUAUAGUGUGUGUGAUUGAUGGGCAUGGGGGCAGAGGUCACCAUAUGACCUCCAACUUCCUGGGCUUGCCAUAUCCUGUCUCUUCCUUCAGGGGCAGGAGAGGGGCCCCCAGAGGACCCUACAACAAAAGAGUCUUCACCCCAAGAGGCCCGUCUCAGAUGCAUACAUCCAUGAUGCCAGGAUCGCCCAUCCUCUCGCGUCAACCUUUAACCCCACGGCAGCAUUACAAUCAGACAGGGGCCUUUCCGUUUCCUUUGAGCCGCCCUUGCCCCUCCACGCCUCAGUCUCUGAACCCCAAGAUGAUGCAACUUCGCUUUGGCACAAACUCACCAAGACCAUCGCCUGUCUACAGCCCCUCGUCCAAUCCUGUGCAGCAUCUCAGGUACCCUGGUCCCGUCACUCAGCUCCACCCUCAACAUAAACGACUACUUAGUCAGAAAAAACAUGCAUCACAAAGAAAACCGCAGGGCUGGGACCCUUACUGUAAUCUCAUGACAGCCAAAGAGAAGGAGUGGAUCACCAGGUUACAGAUGAUUCAACUCCAAACUGUGAGUCCGUACCUUGAGGACUACUACUACCAGGAGUACUAUCGGCGGAUAGAAGCUAAGCUGGCUGAGGAAGAGCUGGGCAUCAGGAGCAAGAGGGAGCCACCCAAACUCACCACUCCUUACAUCACAAAAACAGACUCUUACACACCAGUGGUGCACAUUGAAGGCUCUCUGGGUCAGGUUGCUGUGUCUACAUGUUACUCCCCCCGCCGUGCCAUCAGCGCAGUCCAUGCUGUUCAAGCCCAAGCUCCACUUGAGGAACAAAAAGACACCAGACAACAACGAUUAGAGGUCCUUAGUAAAAUUGAAAAGUUGUUCAUAGUUCUGCUGGAGGUAGAGGAGGCAGAGAGGAUGAAGGCUACGGCUGUGGGUGAGGCAGAGUCGAGGCUCAAGGAGAAGACACAGAGGAAGGUGGAGAAUAUCUACUCCCAGCUGAAACACCAUGACCCCUCAGAUUCAGGGGGUGAGUUUCUCCCUUUUUUGCUGGUCUCAAAAGGCAAGAGGCUAGUAGCUCGGCUUCUCCUGUUCCUCGACCGUGAGUCUGCACUGAAUAUCCUGCAUGUGGUGACCUCGAACCUGCCUACACUGAUGAGCAGAGACACAGAUGAGUCCCUUCCAGUGCUCUACCCACCCCUGCGAACUGUGAUUGGAGGUCUGACAUUCAGUCAGCUCAUUGGGGUGCUCAAAGAUUUGACAACGUCCGAGUCUCUAACGACAUACGAGUGCCUCACGCUAGCAUGCCAGAACAAGUUUGGGUUGUCCUUACUCUACGCCCUCUUGUCUCAAGGGGAGAGGUUGCUGUCGUCCGGUGUUCCUCUGGAGCCCAGCAUCGGUGACUUUGAGGCCUGGACGGACACAAUAUUCCAAGUGGCAGGACAACUGUCCCAGUGUUCACUGGUGGAGCCGCUCCUCCUGCCCUCUAACCUGCUCACUCUCUUCUGUCGUUACCUGGACAAGCGGACUGUCCAUCAGCUGAAAAGCAACAUGGAGUCUGCAACAGGAUUCCUGGCUCUUAUGUCUUAAGAUGCACAGCAGCUGAAGAGACACUCAGUUAAUGACCAGGUUAUGGUGAGCACCAGUGAAAGGAGCAGAAGCACAACCAAAUCCUCAGUGUUCAUUAUAACAUGAGCUAUGUAAAAUACUCCCUGAUAUGUUAAAAAACAACAUUGAUGUUGUUCCUCCCCCCCCUCCCUCAUCCCUUCACAUUUUUGCACUGUCUCAAAACUGUUUCCUUUCCUGUUUCCUUUUUAUUUAUUUCCUUUAUCUGAUCUUUUUUACUUUCCUCCCUUUGGUCUCCAGUAUGCUACAUCAAUGCAGGUUCACUCUGAGAUUAUGGUAUUGACUUUUUUCUUUUGUCGGUUUGACCUUCAAAAACAAGUGUUGCCAUCAUUUCAUGAGUUGGCCAUAAGGAAAUUGGCAGCCUCGCCAGUAGAUGGAGCUAAUUUAUCUUGUUCUAUCCAGCUAUCAGUUUACACACUUUCAAACGUCAGUGAGUGUGCCGUUUGAGUCCAGUUACAAGAGGUAUGUGAAUAAUACUUAGCAUUUCUGUAUAUGAAUUAAAUGUGUUGGAUCAGAUAUUGGUGACCAAUAGGGUUAUGGAGGAUUGUAUAGUAAUUUAUAAUUGUACAGCUGAACUUAAACAUUCAUUAUAGUAAUGUCAAAUUAAGUAAUUCAUGGCACAGCACAUCAAGAGACUGUGCAUUUUUUGUGUUAUUGGCAAAAAAUGUAUUUUGUACAUGUGUAGCUAUAGUAAAUGUUCUGUAUUUUCUGUCUUGAUGUUUCAGUUGUAAAGAGAUUUUUUUUUUUUUUUUUAUUGAGUUGAUUUGGAAACAGGAGUAAUUUAAAUUGCACCCUUGUAGAGCACUUGCAACAAAUAAAAUUCUUUAAAAAAGAA